UUUGUAAAUUAGCUAAAUUGUGUCUUUCAUACUCUUCCUGUUGGCAGAAAGCACGGAAAGCGCCACACACAAACACCUCCCCCCCUCGGAACUAUCCCUUUAAACCAGAGAGGCACCUCAUUUUGUGUAUUCAACAGGUGGAUACAGUAAAAAGAGCUGCAAACCACCUGAAAAUAUGGAAUAUUUGUAAAGGUACCAACGAGUCGCACAACACAACAACUGACAUGGAUUUCUAUUAUUUUAUCCCCACGUUACGCCUCAGCAUUACUGUUUUAAUCGCCACCAACCUUGAAGCGAAGCAUCCUCCCUCUCGGUGGAGCCUCAUUGGUCGUGUCCAGGUCUCGUCGGUGUCUCAUUGGUUUCACCUGCGGGUGGUGGCGCUGCUGGAGUAGGCUGCAGCCGUGUGUUUGAGGAUAUAAUGAUAACAAACUGCUGAACACCAGAAACUCUAUUAAACUGCCCGGACGUUCCUUUAAAAUUCACAUUAAAAUACCCAUUUCCGUCCGCGUGCUGUCAGUUGUUUGUGCCGCCUUCACUGACCGUAGUGAGUCCCAGUCUCUGUGAUCCCCACCUCCCUGUCGGCCAUCUACCAAAAAGGCUUCAACAUGCUCCGAGAGACUUGCAAGAUGUGGAGCAACGGCUCAGAGGCCUACAGCAGUGACCCUGAGGAGGAGGAGGAGGAGGAGGAGGAGGACAUGGUGUUUGGGGACAAUGAUCACAAUGGCGUGGUGGAGGAGAUGAUGGACCUGAGCGACCUCCCCACAUCGCUCUUUGCGUGCAGUGUCCAUGAAACUGUGUUCGAUGAGGAAGUGCACAGGGAGAGGUUUGAGGCGCUGUUUAGAAGCUACGAUGAACAGACGACGUUCCAGAUGUUCAAAAGCUUCCGGAGAGUCCGGAUCAACUUCAGCACCCCAGAGGCCGCUGCCCGCGCUCGCAUCGAGCUGCACGAGUCCGAGUUCAAUGGCAAGAAGCUGAAGCUCUACUUUGCCCAAGUCCAGAAUGGCGACGAGGACAUCGACAAGUCGUACCUGGCCCCUCCUCAGCCCGUCAAACAGUUCCUCAUCUCGCCACCCGCCUCGCCACCGGUGGGCUGGAGCCAGAGCGAUGACGCCACACCCGUCAUCAACUACGACCUGUUGUGUGCAGUAGCCAAGUUAGGGCCUGGUGAGAAGUAUGAGCUCCACGCGGGGACAGAGUCCACCCCCAGCGUGGUCGUCCACGUGUGCGAGAGCGAGACGGAGGAGGACGAGGGGGCGCGGGCCAAGCAGCAGAUCGUCCAGACCAGACGUCCCGACGGACCCCCCAAAGUCUUCAACUAGAGAGACCUCCUCCCCAGCAGCCCGGGGGGGCGCGGCCCGUGACCGCCCCCUUAUAUCCGCAACACACCCGCCCUCUCUCUCUUGCCUCUGCACUCACAGAGAGCGUCGACGCCCCUCAUUUCAGUUCAACUACAAGAUUUAAAAACAAGCCAACAAACAUUGCUCAAAGACGGUGUUUGUGGGGAGUGUGGCCAUGGAAUGAGGCGGCUUGAAGGGGAUGGAUGAGAAUCACAUACACACUCAUCACAUUCUGCGGACAGCGUGGCGAGAGGCGGGGCACGCUUGCCUCCACCCCACCAAACCCCUUCCCACCCCCCUUCCCCUCCUCGUUUUCAGCAGGAGGGGAGGACUUACCUGUCCCAGUGUCCCAAUGUUGACAUCUCGUCUCACACACACACUCAGCUCUCAUUGCUGCUCGUUAACUCUCCCUUUUCGACGGUUUUUAUUUUUUAUUUUAUUUAACCGUGUUCUCAUAUAUAUAUAUA